GAUGGCUGUGAUGCUAUAUAUCAGAAAUCUCGUGCAAGGCACGUGAUGGACAGUGUACUCUCUGUACAAUAAAAUUUCCGGGAGGGAUAAUGUAGGUCAAUUACGUAAGAAAACAUCGCGCCGCGUCCUCUCUGCUCAUCCGCCCUAAUUUUCCUCUCGUCGCUCUUUGUUUGUUUGUGUUAAAACUUGGGAGGGAGACGGCAAAAUGAUAAAGCGGCGAUUCUACAAGAUGGAACAUGGCGACAGAGAUGACGCCUCGAAUCAAUCUUCAUCUUCUUCGGAUUCUGAAAUAGAAGCAGAAGCAGAAGCCAGUGAAGGCUCCGAAUACGAUGACGACGAUGCAGUUGAAGAUGCUGAACAACCUUGUUCCAACUCCUCCUCUGGAUAUAAAAGCGAGGAUAGCUCAGCAAAUGAAACCCUUGUUGACAUGUCAGGUUGUCCAGUAGAUGAUGGAAAUGAAAGAGAAAGUCUUAAAGACGACCAGGUGUUUGGUAAAAGUGGUUCAGAAUUUCAAGAGCUAAGUUCCAACACUGUUGCUGACAAGGAAUCACUGUCAGUAGAUCUCCCAGAGUAUGUUGUGAAACGCAAAUCAAUUUUCAAGUGCAGGAUAUGCCCUAGAAUUGUUUGUUUGAAUGAAGAGGCCUUGAGGGCUCAUCUGAAGUCCAAGAGACAUGCUCGGUCUGAGAAAUUAUUGAAUGAAGGUAGGUUGAAGACUGUGCUGAACAGUGAUGGGAAACUUGAUGAAGAAGAAACCCCUGCUUUAUAUGCUCGAAUCCUUGCUUCUUCACAGGCUUUGCCAAGAAAGAAAAGUAAACAAGAGGAUAAAAGCAGGCCAAGAAAAAAGAGAAUGAGAUAUGAUAAUAAGAAAUCCAAAGGAAGUUCAGGCAAGAAAAGGCGCCAAUGAAGAGAAAUGGUUUGGUUUUUGUCGAGCCAGAGAAUGCAACUGGGUAGAGGAAAUGAAGAUUUGCCUGUUUGUAUUUGAGUGAUGUGGCGACGAUCACUUGAUAGUACAUCUAGAUUUUGUCUCCUCUUGUUCCCACUAAUUAUUUGUUUUGAUCUAAAUGAUUUGCCUAUCGGACAUACUUUGUUUGGUAUC